AACAUAGGUGCUCACAGUCGGAAUCAGCACUUCGACAAGAUGAAAGUUUUCGCAAUUUUGGCGCUGUGCUUCGCCGCGGUUUCUGCCGGUCCGGAAGAGGACCUUUGGCUGCAGUACAAUAGGCGCAUGCCAGGUGCCUACUAUUCUCUGAAGGAACCGAUCCCGCGAGAGCCCGUGACCGGAAGAGUCGUCGGAGGCAUCGAUGCCGAUAUUCAGUAUUUCCCAUACCAGCUUUCACUGCGACGCGGCGGUUCUCACAGUUGCGGUGCGUCGGUUAUCUCUUCUAAUUGGGCUCUAUCUGCUGCUCACUGCACUCACCCGUUGCCCGAUGUUAGCAUAAUUACUCUCUUCGGCGGUAGCUCCAGCCGUCUUGAUGGAGGUGUGGUCUUUGCGGUCGCAGAAAUCGUCAACCACCCGGACUACAACCCAUGGAACAUUGAAUUGGAUGUUUGCGUGCUGCGUACUGUGGACCCACUAGAGGGAGUGAAUAUCCAAACCAUUCCUCUAGUACCGGCCGAUACUUAUUACCCAGGAGGUACGCGUGCUGUGCUGUCCGGAUGGGGUUUGACGAGUGUCCCUGGAUCGCUUCCCACGAUUCUACAAAUGGUGGACAUCCCAGUCAUUGAUCAGGCAACUUGCAUAGCGGGUUGGCCAGCUGGUUGGGUUACUGACGAUAUGCUGUGCGCUAGUGAGCCAGGGCGUGAUGCUUGCAACGGAGACAGCGGUGGUCCAUUGGUAACCGGAGGUCGCCAGAUCGGUCUCGUGUCUUGGGGAGCAUCCAACUGCUUGGGCAAUGAGCCCGGAGUUUACGCUCGUGUUGCUUAUCCUGCUAUUCGCAACUUCAUUACUGAAAUUACCGGAGUGUAAAAGUUUUGACAGAUUAGCAGAAUAAAAUUAAAUUUAAUAUGUACAUAAUGGA